UGAUGUGUCAGACGUCACGGCUUGUGUAGGGGAGUAUAGGCUGUGUUGUCAGCCUGGUGUCAGUCUGAUGAAGAUUGGCAUUCAGACUGUCUGGAGGGCUGUGCAUCGUGGGACCAACGCCAACAUCAGAUGCUCUGAUGCUGAGAACAAGCAAACUAGUCUCCAUGUGAAGCUAUCCCAUGAUGCAACAUGUGUCCCCAGCACCAGCAUUAACCAUGAUGGCCACACAAAGCGUUCCUCCACCAUCGUACCAGGAGAGUCAACAGAUGACAGGCACUACACAGCAAAACUCAAAGGCCCAGCAUGUUCACAUCUCUGCAGCCUCAGCGGCAGGGGCCACCCCAGUCAGCGUGACCCUUGACCCCCAAGCCCAACUGGAGUCAGACAAACGGGCUGUUUACAGACAUCCCCUAUUCCCUCUUCUGGCUUUGCUGUUUGAGAAGUGUGAGCAAGCCACGCAGGGAUCAGAAUGCAUCACCUCGGCCAGCUUUGAUGUUGACAUAGAGAACUUCGUCCACCAGCAAGAGCAGGACCACAAGCCUUUCUUCAGCGAGGACCCUGAACUAGACAACCUGAUGGUCAAGGCGAUCCAGGUGUUGCGGAUUCACCUGCUGGAGCUAGAGAAGGUGAACGAACUCUGUAAAGACUUCUGCAACCGUUACAUCACCUGCCUCAAGACCAAGAUGCACAGUGACAAUCUGCUACGGAAUGACCUGGGCGGCCCGUAUUCGCCAUCACAGACCAGUCUCGGCCUGCAGCAGGAUCUGCUCCAAAACUCAUCCCCAUCUCUCACCUCUGUCUCCAGCACAGUAAACCCCUCUGGGAUCAUGGUCCCUGCCGGCUCACUGCAACAGAACAACGUUGCCAUGACCACUAUCAACUCUCAGGUGGUAUCAGGUGGAACGCUGUAUCAGCCGCUGGCAAUGGUAACCUCACAGGGGCAGGUGUUAACACAGGGUUUACCGGAGGGAACCAUCCAAAUCCAAAACAGUCAGGUGAACCUGGUCUUGUCCUCACUCUUGGACGGCGAUGACAAGAAAUCAAAAAACAAACGAGGCGUUCUUCCCAAACAUGCCACAAACAUCAUGCGUUCCUGGCUGUUUCAGCAUCUCAUGCACCCUUAUCCCACUGAAGACGAGAAAAGACAGAUCGCAGCACAAACAAAUCUUACCUUGUUACAGGUGAACAACUGGUUUAUUAAUGCCCGUAGGCGUAUACUGCAGCCCAUGUUGGAUGCCAGUAAUCCUGACCCUGCUCCUAAAGCCAAAAAGAUGAAAUCUCAGCAUAGACCGACACAGCGUUUCUGGCCUGACUCCAUUGUAGCUGGAGUCCUGCAGACACACGGAUCCCACUCAACAAACAACUCAGACAGUUCUCUGGGCAUGGACGGCCUGCAGUCUCUAUCCUCGGAUUCUGCCACACUGGCAAUGCAGCAAGCCAUGCUGGGAGCUGACGAUUCCAUGGAUGGCACGGAGGAGGAAGACGAAGAAGAGGAGGAAGAGGAGGGAAUCGAUGAUGAUGAAGAUGAGGAGGAGGAUGAAGAAAGCGAGGGAGGCAGACAAAUGGCUGGUUCUGCCCGGAGAGAUAUGGGCCUUAAUCACAACGACGGACUGGACCCAGUACAGCCUCUCAUUUUGCACAGACCUCCUCUAGUACAUAAGACACUUGCCAGCAUCUCUUUCCUCUCCAGCCUCAGGACAAGUGACAGCUGGAUUGAUCCAGUUUACAAUUCUCUACUGGAUAAAGAACUCCUAAGCCCAGUACAGCCUCUCAUUUUGCACAGACCUCCUCUAGUACAUAAGACACUUGCCAGCAUCUCUUUCCUCUCCAGCCUCAGGACAAGUGACAGCUGGAUUGAUCCAGUUUACAAUUCUCUACUGGAUAAAGAACUCCUAAGGUACUUUGCCAGCAUGUCUAUUGCUAGAACAGCCGCCCAAGCGAUGCUCUCCGAUGCCCUACUGAGGGACAGUAAUGUGGACAAUCGCAUCAGACACCUGGAGCUGGAAUUGCCCUUGGAUAAAGUCAUCAAGUUUGUGUCUGUGGGCCUGCCUCUCCUUCUGGUGUCCAUGGCCUUUGCCAGAGAGAUUUCUAUCGGCCCACAGAUAAGCUGCUUUCCUCCCAACAACUUCACAGCAAAGCAAGCAACAUAUGUAGAUACAUACUGCUGGGACUCACUCAUGCACCAUGAGUUUGACACGGAUGGGAACUUUGAAGAACAUUCACUGUGGGUACAUAGCAUGUUUCCAUAUUCCUUAUUGGUCAUGGCCAUGAUGAUGUACAUACCUGCUUUGAUCUGGCGUUACUUGGCCGUACCCAGCCUGAGCUCUGACCUGCUCUUCAUCAUCGAUGAGUUGGACAAGUCUUACAACCGUUCUGUCCGCCUGGCGCAGACCAUCCUAGAGCUUAAAGAGAGAUCAGACAACCCACUGCAGUUUCAAGCUGAGCUUGACAGUGCCAAGCGCAAGCAGUAUUUUGAGUAUCCCCUGCUGGAGAGAUACAUGCAGUGCAAGCAUGGCUCAUACUUCUUGGUCAGCAUGAUCUUCUUACGAGGUUUCCUGUUGCUGACCUUCAUGUCCACAUCUUGCCUGUACCUGGUCUACUUCCACCUCUCCGCCUUCCUACAGGAUGAAUUCAGCUGUUUUGUACGCACUGGGCUCCUUCGUGACCAGCCCUGGGUGCCUGAGCUAGUUCAGUGUAAAAUGACUGGCCUGCUUGUGUUCCAGGUCAUUAGCGUAGCUAACGGUGCCAUCUAUGUGCUCCUGGCUCCUAUUGUUCUUUUUAGUCUGCUGCGUUUGUUCUGCUGGGACAUGACCUUCCUCUCACUUUAUGAGGUUCUGCCUGCACUGGGGCUCAUCAGCGGUCAGAAACUAGGCUGCCCACUUAACGACCUAAACGUGCUGUUACUCUUCCUACGCGCCAAUGUAGCACAUCUGCGUUCGUAUGGGCGCCUGAGGGCCAUGUGCUCCCUGGCACCUCCUAGACUGAAGGGUGGCAAGGGCAUGCUGACAGAGGAGCAGGCUGAAGAGGCGGCUGAGGCUGCUGAGGAGCUGGAGGAGGAAAUUAGGGAGGCAAGAGAAGAGGGAAAGCUUAAUCUAGUGGACAUCAUGACAGUGCUGGGAAUGGUAAAAGGAAAUGCACUGAACUGCCAAGAGCAACACCCUCUGGUGGAGGAAGAUAUGACACAUGAGCCUAACCACCAAGGGUACCAUGAUUUGAAGGAGACUACAACAUGUUGUUUUGCCUAAAGCAACAAUCAAUGGAAUGAGCCAGCACUGUCAUACUCUAGAGGGCCCUAGAACAGCUAAAUCUCUUUCAUGAAGUAAAAUCUGAAGACAGUGACUAUAGUAUACUCUAUUAUAAAGCAUCCAAUAGCUAUAACUCAUCUUUAUAGUACAGAAUCAGUAAAGUAAUAUAUGGAUCAGAAACAAUUCGGAUGGAUCUCUCAUACAAGCACCUCAGGAAUAAAAGUUCCAAAGUCUAUACUGACUUUUUGAAAAAGCCUCCAAUAGGAAGUAUCCUUAAACUUGAGGAUUUUAAUAUCUUUAUUUAUUCUUUUAAUUCUUGUUAUGUGAUAUUGGUGGAUACUUUACUGAACAUGACCUUCUUGCUUUAGGCUGGAAUCUGUACUUGACUUUUUAUUCUCUU